AUGCCUUCCAUUCUCAAUGGGACAUUCGCCCCAACGUUAUACAGUUGAGGUUUUAAAACAUGAAAGUUGCUCAAGUUUUUUCAACAACGAGGACGAAAGUUUGACCGAUUUACGUUUUUCAAUAUCCACGAAAAAUAUGCUCGAUCAAGAGCACACUACUUUUUCGAAUAUUAUUGUUAUUUUACAAUGACGAAGUGAUGUCACGCGCGAUGAAAUAUAUGACAUGACAAUAGUGUCGUACAACUCGGUUCGAGAUGAUGGAAAAAAAUAAAAAUCAAAAUGAUCGCAUCACUGUUCGAUACCAAGUUCGCUUGUCAUUUUUCGUCUUCCUCGCAAUUUUUUCAUCGAUCAGUGCUCAAGAUCGGUGCCCCUUGAGGUGUAUGUGUUCUUUGAGCCACGAGCCUCGGAAGAUCAUUUGUUCGAGCCAAGAAAUCGAGAGCUAUCCCAGCAACAUCAGUGAUCUGGUACAGCAGUUGGACCUGUCGAGAAAUCUUCUAACGUCGAUAUCCGACGAGAUCAACAAUCUGUUUGAACUGCAAUACCUAAACUUGGCGAACAAUAAACUCGAAUCGUUGCCAAGUGAUCUUCAUCAAUUAGGGCAAUUGCACAAACUCGAUUUGAGCAAUAACAAAAUAGUGGAGAUCUAUGAUAUUGUCGCGAUAAAUCAACUGACCGGCCUCAAGGUACUUUAUCUCUCGCAAAAUCCGUUGAGCAGCCUUGACGAGCUGUCGAAUGGUGCUCUGCGCGCUCUGGAUGCCAGCAAAUGCUCAAUUAACAAUAUCACUAGCGCGUCCUUGAGAGGCCUUCCGGAACUUGUCACUUUGAGCCUGGAAGGGAAUCCUUUAAAGAGUAUUCAACGACUGACAAGUGAAAAAUUGAGAUGGCUGGACCUGUCCGAUUGUUCCCUCAAUUACUUAAAGCCGGACACGUUCGAGGGUGCACCAGACCUUGAACAGCUGAAAUUAUCUAACAAUCCUACGCUCGUUUACAGUAGUAGAAACGAGACCCUGAUGCACAAAAAUUUGAAAAGACUCGAUGUCACAGGAUGCAAUUUGGAUCGUCCUGGUCUGCAUGGUUUUCCUGGCUUAACUCACGCAAUAUUGUCGAAGAAUCUAAUACGAAUGUUACCGGAUCGUAUAUUUGCAAAAAACGAUGUUCUCUCUCAACUAUUUUUGCACAGCAACGGUCUCAACGUCGUGAACAGAAGCUCGUUCGCGGGUCUGUCGAAACUAGAAAUACUCGAUCUUUCGUCCAACAGCAUUGCUCGACUGCAUCCGUUCACGUUUCGCGAGAAUGUCAAUCUGCGUAUUUUGAAUCUUUCUUACAAUGACUUUGAAAAAUUUCCAAACAUCAUGUCAACAGUCAUGACUUUGGAUAUCUCUUCGAAUUAUGUUCAAAGCGUGCCGCGACAGAUUUUCACCGAUUUACCAAGAUUGAAAACACUCGAUUUGAGUGACAAUCGCCUCGAGGGAGUUUGUGAUCGAUUCGAGUCGGUAACACUGAAAAAUCUUAUACUCAAACGUAACAGAUUAGUAGAAUUAGCAAACGACAGUUUUUCCCAUCUUCCAUCGUUGCAAAAACUCGAUGUAUCAGGUACGCCACAGCAGUGA